AUGAAGACUUUGUUUGUGUUUUUGUUGGGACUGCAUCUGGUUAUAGGAAUGGGACACUGGUGCGAACAUACAGUGGAGGAAAAGGUAGAGCGAGUAGUAACCCCCCGUCUACAGCUGGAGGUGGAAUGUUCCAAAGUGUAUCAAUACAACACACAGGGCUGGAGACUGGACGUGGACAGGAUGCGCCAUAAGCAUGGGGGAGAUGAUGGCAUUGCACUGUAUUAUAAACAACAGGGUCCAAAGGCAUCCUGUUAUUUAUUCAAACCCCCGGCCAUGGAGGUCCAGCUUUUAAACAAGACUGUGCAUGGCUGCUGUGAGGGCUGGGGUGGUCCUCAUUGUUCACAGGGUGUGGGUGUGAGGGGACAGUGCUACUCCACAUGGAGUUGUGAGGAGUUCCCUGGAGUGCAGAACUCCUCUCUGAUGGCUCUGGAGCAGUGCUGUGGAAGCCUGUGGGGUCUGAGCUGGAGGAAUGCAUCUGACCAGACCUGCCUGUCCUGUAGCUACACACUCCUCUCAGACUCCCAGUCUUUGCCCAUCCUGCGUGGGGGUCUUCUCGGUGGGAUCCGAGAUCCUCAGGCGUCUGCCACCUGUAUGAGCUGGGGUGGAGUGCAUUACCGCACCUUUGACAGAAAGCACUUCCACUUCCAGGGCAGCUGCACGUAUGUCUUGGGUUCGUCCACCGAUGGGACAUGGGCAGUGUAUAUAAGCACUGCCUGUGAUGGAAAUGGACACUGCAGCAAGGCUCUGCGCAUGAUGUUAGGGCUGGACUUAGUCACCAUUCACAAGGGCAAUAUGACUCUCAAUGGACUGAUGUUAAAACAGGGAGAACCUCUCUUCCAAAAUGGAGUGAGCAUUCACUGGCUCGGGGACUUUGUUUUUGUAGAGAGUGGUCUCGGUGUCCGAUUGAAAUUUGACAUGCACAAUACCGUCUACCUGACGGUUACUUCAGAGCACUUAGCAGCCACAAGGGGGAUGUGUGGCGUCUAUAACAACAAUGCUGAUGAUGAUUUCACCACUGUGAGUGGAAGUGUGUCACAGUUUGCAGCCAGCUUUGGAAACUCGUGGCGUGUUCCUGAUCAACAUAAGGAGAGUUGCAGUGAUGCAGCAGAGCUGGGCCACAGCUGCGACAUCACAGGUGACAUCAGUCUCCGCAAGAGUGCAGAGUCAAUGUGCUAUCAGCUUAAGGAAAGUCCCUUCAGACAGUGUCAUUAUCGGGUGGAUCCAGGGCCUUAUGUGGACACGUGCCUGUACCUGUACUGCAGUCUGGAUGCCGGUGAGAGAGAAGGGGCUGUGUGUGACACGUUCGCUGGUUAUGCCCGCGAGUGUGCCCAGCAUCAUGUUAUCAUCAGCUGGAGAAGGCCUGGGCUUUGUGAGAGAGUGUGUCCAAAGGGGCAGGUCUUUUCGGACUGUGUGUCAUCCUGCCCCCCAAGCUGUUCCUCACCUCUGCCUCCUGCAUCUGGGCAGUGUCGAGAGGAGUGUGUGGGAGGGUGUGAGUGCCCCCCAGGACUCUAUCUCCAGGGUGGACAGUGUUUACGGAGGGACGACUGUCCCUGCUUCCAUCGCAGACACACCUAUCAGGCAGGUGACUCCAUCCAACAGAGAUGCAACACCUGUGUGUGUAGAGCAGGCCAGUGGCAGUGCUCUGGGGAGAAGUGUGCUGCCCAGUGCAGCAUCAUUGGGUCACUACAGGUCACGACCUUUGACAAAAAGAAAUACACUCUACAGGGAGGAGACUGUGGUUUCAUAGCAGUGGAGGACUAUUUGGACAGGAAGCUUGUAGUGACGAUCAGAGGAGGUCAAUGUGUGAGCGGUGGUGGUCACGGCUGCCCAAGAGAGAUGUCCGUUACUGCUUUCCGCACUACAGUUAUCGUCACUGACACAGGGGCAGUAAUGGUGAAUGGACAGCGUGAACCAUUGCCUGUCGUGACAGGGGAUCUUGUGGUGAGGAAAGCUUCUUCAACCUUCCUGGUGAUCCAGACCUUUGGAGCACAGUUACUGUGGUAUUUGGAUGGGCCACUAGCUCUCAUAACACUACAGCCAGGCUUUGCUCAUAAGGUUCGAGGACUGUGUGGCACUCUGACAUGGAAUCAGCAUGAUGACUUCACCACUCCUGAGGGUGAUGUGGAGAACAGUGUGUCCUCAUUUGCUGCAAAGUUCACCACCGGAGUGUGUCCUCCUCUGAGGCCUGUCACUCCAGACCCCUGUGGCACAUACACCCAACGCAGGCAGCAUGCUGAGAGUGUGUGUGCCAUCAUUCACAGCCCUGUGUUUCAGGGCUGUCAUGACGUGGUGGACAGGGAGCCAUACAUGCGUCUCUGUCUAACGGAGGUGUGUGGAUGCCCCGCUCAGAGCGCAUGCCAAUGCACCGUCCUCACUGCAUAUGCCCGGCAAUGCGCCCAGGAAGGAGUCCCUAUCAGCUGGAGAAAUCAAACCUUUUGUCCACUACAGUGUUCUGGUGGUCAGGUGUACCAGGAGUGUGGGCAUCCGUGUGGGGGCUCUUGUGCUGACCUGCGCCAGGGCUGGAGCUGUGAGGAGGGCAUUCACAACUGUGUGCCAGGCUGCCAGUGCCCACCAGGCCUGGUAGAGGACAGCCGGGGGCAAUGUGUGCCCCCCACCAUGUGCCCCUGCAUACAUGGAGACAAACUUUACCUGCCUGGUAGCACCAUGCAGAACAACUGUAACACCUGUGUGUGUGAACGUGGUAAGUGGAACUGCACAGAUCACUCAUGUCCUGAGGUGACCCAGUGUCCAGGCUCUCUGGUGUUCUCCCCCCGCUCCUGCCUGCAGACCUGCUCCAGCCUGGACAACCCCCUGGCUCCCUGCAUGGAGCCCCUCUACGGCUGCGUCUGUCCAGAGGGCUCGGUCCUUCUGGGAGAUCAGUGUGUUUCUCCAGAAGAAUGUCCUUGCCAUCACAAUGGAAGAAUGUAUUCUGCUAAUGACACCAUUUCUAAAGACUGUAACACAUGUGUUUGUAAGAACAGGCGUUGGCAUUGUGGGCAGUCUCUCUGUGCAGGGACGUGUGUUGCCACAGGUGACCCACACUACGUGACUUUCGACGGGCGCCCUUUCACGUUCCUGGGUGACUGUGAGUACGUUUUGGCCCAGGAAGCAAGCGGACAGUUCAGUGUCAGCGCUGAGAAUGUGCCCUGUGGCAGCACUGGUGUCACCUGUACCAAGUCUGUCACCCUGACCGUGGGCAACACCGCCAUUCAUCUGCUCCGAGGCAAAGCAGUGACGGUCAAUGGAAUGCCAGUCGCUCUUCCGAAGUGGUAUUCCGGCAGCGGGUUGAGUCUAGAGAGGGUCGGCCUGUUCGUGUCUCUCUCUUCCCGCCUCGGGGUCACUCUCCUGUGGGAUGGAGGUAUGCGCGUGUAUGUGCGUCUGGCGCCACACCUGCGGGGCAAAGUCGGAGGACUGUGUGGAAACUUCGACGGUGACACGGAGAACGACUUCACCACGCGGCAAGGAAUUGUAGAGUCGACCGCAGAGCUUUUUGGAAACUCCUGGAAGGUCAACCCCACUUGCCCAGAUGUCAAAGACCAGGAUCUCCGUGAUCCCUGUGUGCUCAAUCCUCACAGAGUGACCUGGGCGAAGAAGAGAUGUGCUGUGAUCACUCAGGACCUGUUUGGUCUCUGUCACUCUGAAGUGCCAUAUCAACAGUACUAUGACUGGUGUGUCUACGAUGCCUGUGGGUGUGACUCUGGAGGUGACUGUGAGUGUUUGUGUACAGCCAUUGCUGCGUAUGCAGAGGAGUGUAACCACCGCGGUGUCUACAUCCGCUGGAGGUCCCAGGAGCUGUGCCCCUUGCAGUGUGAGAAUGGUUUGGUGUAUCAAGCAUGUGGACCAGCCUGUUCUCCCUCAUGUCCCAUCUCUUCCCCUGGUUCUGACCACUGCACUGCUCUCUCAUGUGUAGAGGGCUGUUUCUGUCCCUCUGGCACCGUCCAGCAUGGUGAUGGCUGUAUCUCUCCCCCUCUUUGUCCGUGUGAGUGGGAGGGUUCUGUGUUCCCUGCCGGGGCCACUGUCACUCAACACUGCCAAAACUGUACUUGUUUGAAUGGGACCUGGGACUGCAUUGGUUCUGCCUGCCCUCCUCCUUCCCCAUGUCUGGAGACAGAGUUCCAGUGCUCAGGGGGGCGCUGUAUCCCCUCUCUGUGGGUGUGUGACAAUGAAGAUGACUGUGGAGACGGCUCAGAUGAGCUCUGCCCGUCUACGUGCCCGCCCGACCAGUUUCGCUGUACUGGUGGUCCCUGUCUGGCCCUAACGCUUCGCUGUGAUGGGCACCCGGACUGCGCCGACCAAUCAGACGAGGAGUUUUGUGCCCCGCCCACGCCUGUGCCAGGAUGCCCACCGGGAGAGUAUCAGUGUGCCAACGGACGUUGCCUGCCAGCCAGUAAAGUGUGUGACGGACGCCUGGACUGUGGGUUUGCAGAUGAUUCUGAUGAAAAAGACUGUGGCGUGGUGUGCAGUGAGGGAGAGUUCCGCUGUUCGAGUGGGCGUUGUGUUCUCUACCUCCAUCGUUGCGAUGGACAUGAUGACUGCGGAGACUUUAGCGAUGAGAGAGGGUGUGUGUGCUCACCCGGAGAGUUUCAGUGCCCAGGUGACCAAUGUGUCCCUGCAGACAGAGUGUGUGACGGCCAAAGAGACUGUCCCUCUGGAGUGGACGAGGUUAUCUGUCCUGUUAAAGGUAGUCUCACCAUGUUCCUUAAUUAUUCUGUAGGUGGGUCUCUUUGUCCGUGGAGUUCAGUUUUUUAUUCUGUGCUAUUGUUUUGGACUCUUGUAGGCUGUGGUCAGCAUGAAUUCCGCUGUGAGAAUGGCCAGUGCACCCCAGUGGCAUGGCGCUGUGAUGGAGAGACGGACUGUAUCGACGGCAGUGAUGAAAAGAACUGUGCCCGAACUUGUGGACCAGGCCAGUUCCUUUGUGACUCUGGUGACCAGUGUGUGGACCACCAACAACUGUGCGACGGAACCCCGCACUGCAGAGACGCAUCUGAUGAGAGCGUGGACACCUGCGGCUCAGCGAGGAUCCCGCCCUGUCCCGGGAGUUUCUCGUGUGAUAACCGUACGUGUGUGAACACGUCACGUGUGUGUAACGGCGUCCCUGACUGUCCAAGGGGAGAGGAUGAGCUGCUGUGUGAUAAGAGCAAGCCCUCUCCAGCUCCCCCUGGUGGCAAGAAUGACAGCCACAUAUGUCCUGAAUUCACCUGUCUGGAAGGCACUUGUGUGUCCUUCAAGUCGGUGUGCAAUGGGAUAUCAGACUGCCCUGACGGUCCCCCUGGCCCAAUUGGAGAAUCCUCAGAUGAGAGAGGCUGCAGGAGCUGGGGCCCAUGGGGAUCCUGGAGUCCCUGUAGCCGUAGCUGUGGUGCUGGGUCGAUGGUCAGACAGAGAGACUGCCCCCUAGGGGAUACACUUGGAUACUGCAGGGGUGAGGACACCCAGAGACAGCAAUGCUACUCAACUGCCUGUCCAGUGGACGGGCACUGGUUGCCCUGGUCAACGUGGUCUAACUGUUCUAAGGAUUGUGGAGGUGUGGAGGUCAGGCAGAGAGCGUGUGUCCCACCCCAGAAUGGAGGCAGGGCUUGUGCAGACCUACCAGGAGAAACAUCCCUGACCACAGAAAUCAAACCUUGUCCUCAGGAUGACUGUGUCAACCUCACAUGUCCUGCAGGACUCGUCCGUCACAGCUGCGCUCCCUGCCCUGUAACCUGUACUCACGUGUCCAGUGAAAUGACCUGUGACCCCAAUGCAAAGUGUUUUUCUGGUUGCUGGUGCCCAAGCGGGAAGGUGAUGAACCAUGCCCAGGAGUGUGUGUUUCCAGAGGAGUGUGUGUGUGAGGUAUCGGGCAUGCGGUACUGGCCUGGUCAGCAGGUCAAAGUUGGGUGUGAGAUCUGUGUGUGUGAGAGAGGACGACCUCAACACUGCCAACCUAACCCUGAGUGUUCAGUGCACUGUGGCUGGUCUUCCUGGUCUGCAUGGGGUGAGUGUUUAGGACCAUGUGGUGUACAGAGUGUUCAGUGGUCUUUCCGCAGCCCAAACAACCCCAGUAAACAUGGCAAUGGCAGACAGUGUCGUGGAAUUUACCGGAAGGCCCGUCGCUGCCAGACAGAUCCUUGUGAGGAGUGUGAGUUUCAUGGACACACGCACGCCGUUGGAGACCGGUGGAAAUGGGAUCAGUGUCAGCUCUGCCACUGUUUACCCAACCUUACAGUACAGUGCGCCCCCUACUGUCCAUAUGCUGCUACGGCAUGUCCUCAGGGUCAGACUCUUGUACCAGGGGAAGGUGACAAGUGUUGUUAUUGUGAAGCUCAAGGUGGCAACAGGACCCUCCUCCCAACUCCAACUCCAGCAGUACUGCCUGUAACUGUUGUACCCUCCACAACUCCAGGGAGCGAUAUACCAUUGGUGCCAACCUAUCCUCUUCCACCUGAGGAUGAGUGUUGGUCUCCUUUGGGCGUGCAGUCGCUUCCUGCCUCCAGUUUCAGUGCCUCCUCACAACAGCAGGCACACCCACCCUCAGCAGGGCGUCUUCACGCACGAGACCCCCACAGUGACCUGCAGGGCUGGGGCCCUGAGCCCGAACAGUACCAGAACCUCCCGCCUGGAGUGCCUGAUGGCCACAGCACACAAGCCCCCUACCUGCAGCUCGAUCUACUCAGGCCUUACAACAUCACUGGGGUUCUCACUCAGGGAGGAGGAGUGUAUGACACCUUUGUUUCCAGCUUCUAUCUGCAGUUCAGUAAUGAUGGGAGCCGGUGGCACACUUACAAAGAGCUGAUCGCAGAUGCUCGACCCAGAGCUAAGGUGUUCUUGGGAAACCGUGAUGACCGCGGGGUCGCGGUGACCAGGCUGGACAGGAUGGUGUCUGCUCGCUUUGUACGGGUGCUGCCUCAUGACUUCCAGAACGGCAUUUACCUCAGAGUGGAGCUAAUGGGCUGUGGGAGUGAGUAUGGCUGGCUGUCCACUCCUGCCUCUCCCGUGUCUGCCAUUACUCCAGCUCGGCCUUGCAGGGAGAGGGAGUUCCGCUGUGGGAACGGGCGCUGUGUCCCUACGGGACCCCAGGGCGUGGUCUGUGAUGGAGUCGAUGACUGUGGAGAUGGUUCUGAUGAACUGCACUGUGGCACUCAGCCAACUCCCACGCGCAGUCCUCGUGGCUGCCCAACAGGUCAGUUCAGCUGUCCACCACCAGGGGGCUGCAUCGCUGAAGCACUGCACUGUGACGGAGUCCCACACUGUCCAGAUGGGGCCGAUGAAAGAGACUGUAAACCUCGCGAUAACGCAACCCACGUCACCCCGACACCUGCCCCACUCAGGACCCCAACCACAGUCACAACACCUAAAGCCCCAGGAGGCCCUGGACACAGAGGUAUCUGCUCUUCUCCUCUGGGACUGGAGGAUGGGCGUGUCCAUUAUGGUCAGCUGACCUCCUCUUCAUACAGGGAAAACAACCCUGCAGAUGCUGGCCGUCUCAAUAUAGUACCCAAUGUGUUAAUAAUGGAGCCAGGCUGGAGCCCCUUGCCAGGAGACCCUCAGCCCUAUUUCCAGGUGGACUUCCUGGAGCCCACCUGGGUGUCUGGGGUGGUGACACAGGGGAGUGAGCGUAUGUGGGGGUACCUCACCAAAUAUCGCCUGGCCUUCGCCUUGGUUGAGAGCCACUUCACUGAUUACACAGAGACUGGGGUUAGCGGCUCCCCUCCCAAAGUGUUUGAGGUGCGUAUGGCAGGCAGAACUCCAGUCACGCGUUGGCUGGAGAGACUGGUGCGGGCACGCUACCUCCGGAUUAUCCCCAUGGAGUACCGCCACACCUUCUACCUGCGGGUGGAGAUAUUAGGCUGCAGAGGAGAUGAGCUGGUAACACCCAGCAGGGCUGUCACAACCACAGUGCUUCCUGGGGUAGUGACAGUGUGGCGCUGUAGGGAAGGUCAGUUCUCCUGUCAGAGCGGGGAGUGUGUGUCAACCACGGCGGUGUGUGACGGCAAACCGGACUGUCAAGACCAGUCUGAUGAACUGGGCUGUGGCACUGUUCCCACUAGAGGGUUGCCAGGGAUACAGAAUCAUACCAUCCCAACUGGAAGCCCUGGUUUCCAUAGCACCUCUGGGCCUCCAGGACUGCAUACAAAGGAGCCCCAAGACGGAAGCCCGGGAGUCGCCACCCCGUCUCCCACUGCGACUGGGUCACCUGGAUCACCAGGUGUACAUGUGCCCACCACUCCCAGAGCACAGGCACUUGUCACCACAGGCAAGCCAGGGGUCCUCACACCUACACUCCACCCUGGACGCCCAGGACUGCAGACAACAGCAGGACACAGGAUCACAACGACGCCGCAUGAUGACGGCUUACCCAGGGUGCUGUGCGUGGAGGGACAGUUUGCCUGCCGGUUGUUUGGGUGUGUGGACGCUGGCUUAGUGUGUGACGGGCACGAAGACUGCCCUGACGGCUCAGAUGAGGAUCACUGUGGUUCUACAACUCCCACUGUCACGCCCAUAACACCAACACAGCGCCCCCUGGUGCCCACACCCUGCUCCAACAAGCAGUUCGCCUGUGCCAGUGGAGAGUGUGUGAGCCUGGACAAGAAGUGUGACCUUAACAGAGACUGUGCUGAUGGCUCCGAUGAGACUGACUGUGUGGACUGUAUCCUUUCUCCCUGGACUGCGUGGAGUCAGUGCAGUGUGACAUGCGGCCUUGGCUCCCUUUUCCGUCAGAGGGAUAUACUGAGAGAUGCAAGGCCAGGGGGGGCCUGCGGGGGGGCCCGAUUUGACAGCAGAGCAUGUUUUCUCCAGGCCUGUCCAGUGGAUGGUCAGUGGUCAGAGUGGACCAUGUGGUCAGAGUGUGAUGCUGUCUGUAGUGGUGGGCUGAGGAGGAGAAACAGGACGUGUUCAAAUCCUCCACCAAAAAACGGGGGGCGUGACUGUGAGGGAAUGGUUCUGCAGACCCAGAGCUGCAACACACAGCCUUGUGGCCCCAACACAGAUUCAAAGACAGGCUGCACAAACGGUAUGGUGCUAGUGAAGGAAGCAGACUGUCAGAUGGGAAGAGUGGAGGCGUGCCCUUUGACCUGUUCAGACCUUCACUCGGAGAAAAACUGCUCCGCUCAAUGUGUCUUAGGUUGUCGCUGUCCUCCAGGACUCUUCCUGCAGGAUGGCAGAUGUGUCAGUGUCAGCAAAUGUGUGUGUUUGUGGGAGGGAGUGGUCCUCCAACCAGGGGAGAAUGUUACUAAAGACAAUUGCAGUACAUGUGUCUGCCAAAAUGGGCGUGUCUCUUGCAACAACUCUGGCUGUACAGCAAGCUGUGAUUGGUCAGCAUGGUCGUCAUGGACACAGUGUGACAGCAGAUGUGGAAUUGGAUUACAGCAGCGCUAUAGGUCACCUUUAAAUGGAGUUGGUCAGAUGAAGGUUCAGCCGUGUGUGGGAGACUCAUCUGAGGCCCGACAGUGUUACACCCCCUGCCCACCAGGUCCAGAUGGGGCUCCAUGGAGUGAGUGGACUAUGUGGUCAGAGUGCAGUAAGACAUGUUUCCAAAAUGUGGAUGCUGUUGGGCUAAGAAAACGCUUCAGGAGCUGCAAUCAAACAGACAACGCCCCCUGUGUUGGGGAGGGGGAAGAGCAGGAACCCUGUAACACAAUGCACUGCCCUGUAAACGGGGGCUGGUCAGCCUGGUCGGGGUGGUCUGUCUGCUCAUCUCCUUGUGACUCUGGGGUUCAGACCAGAGAGAGAUUCUGCAGUUCCCCUCCACCCCUGUAUGGGGGCAGUAGCUGUCCAGGGCCGCACAUACAAACACGGGACUGCAACUCCCACCCCUGCACAGGAGUAUGUCCAGAGGGCAUGACCUACAUGAGCACAGAGCAGUGCGAGGCACAGGGCGGUCCGUGCCCUCGUGUGUGUCUGGAUAUAACUGCAUCAGUGGAGUGUGCCACAGAGUGCUAUGAUGGCUGUUACUGUGCCCAUGGAUUCUACCUGUUCAACAACACCUGUGUACCCCUCAAUCAAUGCCCAUGCUACCACCAGGGGGCACUGUACACCCAGGGUGCCAUUGUUCCACUGGACGCCUGCAACAACUGCACUUGCAUCAAUGGUGAUAUGGUGUGUGGCUCAGAGGCAUGUCCUGUGGACUGUGGCUGGAGUGACUGGACCCCAUGGAGCGCGUGCAGUCGCACGUGUGACGUAGGUGUGAGGAGGCGGUACCGCUCAGGGACCAAUCCCCUCCCAGCCUACGGGGGGCGUGGCUGUGUGGGAGACCGGAUUGGUCUGGACACCUGCAGCAUCAGGCCUUGUAGAGGUGUAAAGGAGCCAUGGAGCCAGUGGUCUAAAUGCUCAGUGCCUUGUGGUGGAGGUUACAGGAACAGAACUCGUGGUCCCUUCAGAAUACACGGCACUAUUCAACAAUUUAGCGCUUGCAACCUACACCCCUGUGGUAAUGGGACAGUGUGUGUGGGGGGUCAGGAGUGGACCGAGUGUGUGAGAGAUACACUGUUGUGCUCUGAUGUUGAUAAAGUGACUGAGAACACUUCCAGAUGCUCACCAGGAUGCCAGUGUCCUCAGGGGUCUGCCCUCCAGGAUGGAAGAUGUGUACCGCUGCCUCUGUGUCGCUGUGAGGUGAACGGAGUUCAUUAUGAACCGGGGGACACUGUGCCCAAGGACUGCAACAGCUGUGCAUGUGAUUCUGGAAGACUGGUCAACUGUACAAGUUUGCAGUGUGAUGUGGACGGUCACUGGUCUGACUGGACGCCGUGGGGUGUGUGUUCAGUGUCAUGUGGCGCUGGCUUACAGUCGCGGUACCGCUUCUGCUCCGAUCCAGAGCGAUCUGGCAAUGGACUGCCCUGUAUCGGCCCUGACCGACAGGACAGAGUCUGUGGCUCCACCCCAUGCAGCCGCAACGGUGGCUGGAGUGAGUGGACGUCCUGGACGGAAUGUACCAAAUCAUGUGGCGGGGGUGUACAGAGCCGCAGGAGAGUAUGUGACAGACCACCAACAGGAGGCAAUGGAGACUACUGUGAAGGGCUGGGGACUGAAGUCAUUGUCUGUAAUACUGACCACUGCCCAGUGGCACCGUGCUCAGAUGUCCCAGGCACUGUGUUCAGUAGCUGUGGCCCUUCAUGUCCCCGAUCCUGUGAUGAUUUGGCACACUGUGAGUGGCGCUGUGAGGCAGGUUGCUACUGUACUGAGGGGAAGGUUCUGAAUGCCAACGGGACGUCCUGUGUGGACAGGGAUGAGUGUCCCUGUUUGGACCUGAGCACCGGACAGCGCCUCAACCCAGGAGACAGUGUCCUUAGUCCUGAUGGCUGUAAUAACUGCACCUGUCAAGGAGGACAACUCAACUGCACCAAAAAUACGUGCCCAGUGGCUGGUGGCUGGUGUGAAUGGUCUAGUUGGACCCCAUGCUCUAAGACCUGUGGAGCAGAGUGGGUCUCUCGUUACAGGAGCUGCGGAUGUCCGGAGCCCCAGGCAGGAGGAGCGCCUUGCCCUGGGCAGCAGGAAGAGCAUGCAGGCCUUGGGGUUGAGAUCCAGAGACAGCCCUGCCCUUCCAUCACCUUUUGUCCAGUCCAUGGCUCGUGGAGUUCCUGGAGUUCAUGGUCAGACUGUGAUGCAUGUGCUGGAGUUUCGUCGAGAACAAGGACGUGUAACAGCCCCCCGGCCCGUUUUGGGGGUCUACCCUGCUAUGGCGAAAGCCAGCAAUACCGCGGCUGUCAUGACAAUGUUACGGUCUGUUCCGAGUGUGGUGGGGGCCAGGAGGAGUGGCCGUGUGGGAAGCCCUGCCCACGCUCCUGUUCAGAUCUCCAUGGUGACACAGUGUGUGUGGAUACGCCGAGCUGUAGCAGGACCUGUGGUUGCCCAGGAGAUACGGUGCUGCAGGAUGGAUUGUGUGUGGACAGAGAACAGUGUCGCUGUAAAUUCCACAACAGUACAGCAGGUGGACUGAGCAACAAUAACAGUUCCUGGGCGUGGCCAGGGCAGUUUGAUUGGCAGUAUGCAAAUCCAGGAGAGACUAUUGUUGGCGACUGUAACAACUGCACCUGUGAAGCGGGUGUCCUGCAGUGUGAGUCAGUUCCUGGUUGCCAUGUCGAUGGAGGCUGGAGUCAGUGGGGUGACUGGUCUGCAUGCUCCGCCCCCUGUGGAGGCGGAGUCCGGCUGCGCUUGCGGCAGUGUGAAAACCCUGCCCCUCAGGGGACGGGCAGAGGUUGUUUAGGGGCAGGAGAACAACAGAAAGAAUGUAACACCCACACCUGCACAGACUCUGGCCCCUGGUUCAACUGGUCUCCGUGGUCAGUGUGUUCAGUCAGCUGUGGGGGAGGAGUGCAGACUCGCACCCGAAUAUGCCACACGCCCCCCUGCAGAGGCAUGAGACGACAGAGUAAGACGUGCAACACACAGGUUUGUCUGGAGGUAGGCUGUCCUCCAGGCAGGCUGUACAGAGAGUGUGAGAGAGGUGAGGGCUGCCCGUUCAGCUGUGCCCAGGUGAGCGGGCGAGAAGGAUGUUAUUCAGACGGCUGUGAAGAAGGGUGUCACUGCCCCCCAAAGACCUACCAACACCACGGAGUGUGUCUACAAGAGUGUCCCUGUCUGGUGGACGCGGACCUCUUGACCUCACUACAGAAGGUGUCUGUGACGCCGGAGUUGACCCCGGACCUCCACAACGUCACAGAGGGCACUGACCUCAUGUCUGGAGAAGAACUGAUGCAUGAAUGCAGCUCCUGUCUGUGUCAGCAUGGGGUUUGGAACUGUUCCCUGGUGCCUUGCCCUCGAGACGGUGGCCUGUCCCCAUGGGGGCCCUGGAGCCCAUGCUCCAUCAGCUGUGGGGGUCUGGGUCAGAAGACCCGCUUUAGGACAUGCAGCCAACCGGCCCCCGCUCACGGUGGCCAUGACUGCACAGGCCCCCUACAGGAACACGCCUACUGCCAGACCCCUGAAUGUCCAGUGGUCACCAUCCCUACAGCUGAACCCAGUCUGCCAGAUGAGGAUGCAGGGUUCUCUCAGUGGAGCCCUUGGAGCUCCUGUUCUAGAACUUGCAGUGAGCCUGGUUCUCCUGCCCUGAAGUUCCGUCAGAGGAGGUGCGUCAGCAGACCCUGUUCUGGAGAGAGCCGCCAAGAGACAGUGUGUAAUCUGCCCCAGUGUCCCGAUGGAGCCGUCUGUCAGGGGGAGGAGUGUGCCCAGCGGAACUGCUCCUGGACGGAGUGGGCGGAAUGGGGGGCGUGCUCGCGCUCCUGUGGGGUGGGCCAACAGCAGCGUGUCCGAAACUUCCUCGCUCCAGGGGUCAACGGCUCCUGGUGCCAAGAUAUUCUGGGAGGAAACGUGGAGAACCGCUUCUGCAACAUCCGAGCGUGCCGAGUGGACGGAGGCUGGUCUCGCUGGAGCCCCUGGUCCCGCUGUGAUAAGCGCUGUGGGGGCGGGCGCUCCGUCAGAACCCGCUCCUGCUCCAGCCCCCCACCCAAAAACGGCGGGCGGAAGUGUGAGGGCGAGAAGAACCAGGUCAAACCCUGUAACACCAAACCGUGUGAUGAACGUGGCUGUCCACCAGGACAGGAGUUUGUGCCCUGUGCCAACCAAUGCCCUCAGCGCUGUUCAGACCUUCAGCAAGGCAUCCAGUGCCAGGCCAACAGCGAGUGCCAACCCGGCUGUCGAUGCCCACACGGUCGGCUGCAGCAGGAUGGUGCGUGUGUGCAACCAUGGCAGUGUGACUGCGUGGAUGCGCAGGGACAGAGUUGGGCUGCAGGCAGUCUGCAUCAAGUGGACUGCAACAACUGCAGCUGCGUAGAUGGCGUGCUCUCCUGCACCAAUCACAGCUGUGGAGUAGAACCCAGCUGUGUCUGGAGCUCCUGGUCCAACUGGGCUCCAUGCAGCACUACCUGUGGUGCAGGCCAGAGAACACGCUACAGAUCCCUGGUCUCCGACACACCUCCUGCUGACUGUGAGUUUGAGGAAACGCAGCACAAACUGUGUGACCCUGGACCAUGCCCCCCUCUGUGUGUCCAUGACGACCGGGAGCUGUCUGUGGGAGACACUUGGCUACAGGGGGAAUGUAAACAAUGUACAUGUACGCCAGAAGGAGACUACUGCCAAGAUAUUGACUGUAGAGUGGAUGGGGGUUGGACUCCCUGGUCUGUGUGGUCAGACUGUCCUGUCACAUGUGGGAGGGGAACGCAGAUCCGAAGCCGCGCCUGCAUCAAUCCUCCACCCCGAAAUAAUGGCACCGCCUGCCCUGGACCUGACACAGAGGCACAGGACUGCCACAGACCCCCCUGUCUGGAUGACCUUUGCCCCUGGUCGCCGUGGUCCAGCUGCUCCCGGAGCUGUGGUGCUGGGGUGGUGUUACGACGCAGACAGUGUGCGUGCGAGGAGGACGGUGAAGCCACCUGCCCUCCUGAGAUAGAGGCUGAAAGGAACAGAGAGGAGACUCAGCUGUGUUAUAAGAGACCUUGUCCAGACUGUCCAAUGUCUGAAUGGAGUGAAUGGACAGUGUGCUCGUGUGAGACCCAGUGGCAGCAGCGGUAUCGUGCUCCACUCACUACUGCCACAAGAGGGCAGCACUGCUCAGAGCUGGAGAGGCAGAACCGAAUAUGCAAACCUGAAAACUGCCAGGACUGUGAGGAGCCGUUUGUGUUCUCAGAAUGUGGUUUUCCGUGUUUGAAGCAGUGUGCCCUGCUGGGAGAGACAGACAGUUGUGCUGGGGUUCAGGACUGUACACCUGGUUGCUACUGCCCACAGGGUCUACUGCAGCAGAACGGCACGUGUGUACCCCCAGAGCAGUGCGGCUGUGUUUAUGUCCGUCAGCAGGGCUCUGACAAGCCUGUAACUGUCACUGUCCCACAGGGAGGCCUGGUCAGCGUGGGCUGCAGCUCCUGUCUCUGCCAUAAUGGGGUGCUGCAGUGUGAUUUUCGGGAAUGUGAGGUCUCUGUCAGUGAGUGGUCUGAGUGGACGCCUUGUUCCCCAUGCAUGCCUGCAUCCUCACUGCUCCGUCAGCCCUCUCCGUCCAUCAGCGCCGCUGAGCUGGUGUCGGUCCAGAGGCGCUACCGGGCCUGCCUGGACGUGGACACGGGACUGCCCGUGGGCGGGAGAGAGGGAGAAUGCACUGAGGAACUGGAGGAGGAGAGACUAUGUCCGGAUCCGGACGCCUGCCGAGACCUGUGUCAGUGGAGUGUGUGGGGUCCGUGGAGUGUGUGUCAGGACCCAUGCAGUGGGGGCUUCCGUCAGCGUCAGCGAACACCCCUGGCAUCGCAGCCAGGACCGCUGUGCCGAAAACAGCAAACUCAGUCACAGAGCUGCAACACAGGCCUCUGCCCUGGUGAACGUUGUGAGGACAGGGGGCGGGUCUACGAAGCCUCUUGUGCCAAUCAGUGUCCCCGCAGUUGCACUGACUUAUGGGAGCAUGUACAAUGUCUGCAAGGAGCUUGUCACUCAGGUUGCCGGUGUGCAGAGGGUUGGUUGCUGCAGGACGGCCAGUGUGUGAAGGUAUCAGAGUGUCGUUGUGGAGUUCCAAUAGAGAAUGGUACAAUAGAGAUCCUUCCAGGACACAAUGUCACAGUCGAUUGCAACUCCUGCGUGUGUGUGAACGGCUCUUUGCUGUGCACUGACCGGCCCUGUCCUGUGUACGGUUCCUGGGGGUCGUGGAGCGAGUGCUCGGUGACCUGCGGGACGGGACAGCAGACCAGGACUCGUCCAUGUCAGGAGUCCGAUGCCGGACCACCCUGCGCAGACACACAGCAGAGUCAGACCUGCUCCCUGCCUGGCUGCCCUGCUGGGUGUGUUCUGAGUGAGUGGUCGUCCUGGAGUGAGUGCAGCGCCUCCUGUGGUGGGGGAGUGUCAGUGCGCAAUAAGACUAUCCUCCAGGAGCCCCAGCCAGGAGGCCAAACCUGCCCGUCUCCUCUGGAACAACACGUCACCUGUAAUACCAAUAGCUGCCUGCCAGAGUGUCCUCCGGGUCGAGUCUUUAGCAUUUGUGCGAACUCGUGUCCAUACUCCUGUGAGGACCUUUGGCCGGAGACCCAGUGUGUUCCCACAUCCUGCAGUCCUGGCUGCACCUGCCCACCUGGCACUGUUAUGCACGGCGGUAAAUGUGUUUUCCUUUCGGAUUGCCCCUGCUCUUCCCUCUCCCUCUCCCCCGGGACCUUUAACGUCACUCUGCAAGACAAUCGAGUGGAGAUACCACCUGGGACUGUCGUGCCAAACCUCUGCAACUCGUGCGUCUGUGAGGGUGGGCUGUUUAACUGCACUGAGGAGAACUGCGAUGUGGACUGUGAGUGGGGCAGCUGGUCAGGGUGGAGCCCUUGUUCGGUGACCUGUGGUUCUGGAGAGCAGAAUUCAGACCGGACAGUGGUCCGAGUGAAGCAGUUCGGGGGUCGUGAAUGUGAGGGACUGUCUCAGCGUACCAGAGCCUGCAGGGGCCCUGACUGCGCCUGUCCGGAGGGGGAGCGUUGGAGACGGAGUGUGCCAGGAUCUGAGCGUGUGUGUGAGAGGACCUGUGGGGACAUGUACAGGAUGGAGCUUCUGAACUGCACUGACCUUGGGAUCACAGCAGAGGGAUGUGUGUGUGAGGAGGGUCGUUACCGUGAUGCGCAGGGUCAGUGUGUGAUCCCAGCACUCUGUCAAUGUGCGGAAGAGGACGGUACCUUGCGAGAGGCAGGAUCUGAAUGGGAAGAAGGAUGUGUAUCAUGUCGCUGUAUAAAUGGACAGAGACAAUGCCAAUCCCAGUGCCCUCCUCUUCACUGUAACGAAGGGGAAGUAAAAGUGGAGGAAAGUGGAAACUGUUGCCCAGUGUGCAGAAAAGAGUUUCCAGGGGAGCCCGUUGCGGAGUGUCGCCGAUAUACCGAGGUCAGAAACAUCACCAAGGGCGACUGUAGCCUCGACAACGUGGAAGUGAGCUUCUGCAGAGGGCGCUGUUUGUCAAGGACCGAUGUCAUUUUGGAGGAGCCAUACCUCCAAGCGAUGUGUGACUGCUGCAGCUACAGGCUAGACCCCCAGAAUCCCGUGCGGUUCCUCAGCCUGCGCUGUGCCAACGGAGAGAGUGAACCUGUGGUGUUGCCAGUCAUCCACAGCUGCGAGUGUACCAGCUGCCAGGGAGGGGAUCUGUCCAGACGCUGA